CAGUAGCACUGUGUAUCUCAAGGAUAAACAGCCGUCAGGCAGAUGUUGAAGUUCAGAGCUCUGGGAGCCUUAAGGAGUACAGGCUAAAGGACAUGCAUGAAGCUUUAUAUACACGGAAUUUCUUCUGCUUAUUCUAACAAAUGGGAUAUAUCGGCAGAGCAGUCAGCUGUUUGGAAGAAUGGAACACACAAAACAUCAGAAAAGAGGUCUUUUUACACUUUCAGGCAGUGAAACAGCAAGUAGAAAGACCUUAAUGUUUUCUUCUUUCCUGAUGAAAUUAUGAAGUCAUUUAAUGGCAGUGAACUUGUGCCGGAAAGUGGAAAAUGUGAUAAAAUGUGCAUGCAUCAUAAUGAAUUGAGGGAAUGUCUGACUGUAAUUUGAAAUCAUGCAGGGGCAGAGCAAAUCAAAGACUGCAAAUGAGUUUUCUUCUUCACUGAUAUGAGUAUUUUUUUUCUCAUAUACAAAUAAUAAUGUUGAGCACUAGAGGCUUGAUUUGAAUUUACUCCAUUCUCCAAUGGAAUUUGUUGCUGCUUAGAGCCGGUUGAAGAUAAACGCACUGCUCCUGUGAGAUUUAUUUUGUUGCUGAGCUUGUAAGGAUGGCAUGAUCUUCAGCAGACUUCUGAAUGUACUUAUUUUCCUUUUGAGAAAAAAGGAGCUGUGAAAAAGAAACCUAUUCCCCAUUACCCCUCAUGGAAAAUCUCUCUAUAUACAAUGUAACAGUCAAUGUGUUGCAUGCAGAUCUAGAUGUGGGAAGCUCAGAUUUAAGCCUUCGUGCGCUGACUGGAUUGCUUCUAUCACUGCUCAUCCUGUCUACCCUCCUGGGCAACACGCUUGUGUGCCUAGCAGUCAUCAAGUUUAGACACCUUCGAUCAAAGGUAACCAACUUCUUUGUGAUUUCUUUGGCCGUUUCAGACCUCUUUGUGGCUUUGUUGGUGAUGCCCUGGAAAGCAGUGACCGAGGUUGCUGGGUAUUGGCUCUUUGGUGACUUUUGUGACACUUGGGUUGCCUUCGACAUUAUGUGCUCUACUGCAUCCAUCCUCAAUCUCUGUAUUAUCAGUCUCGACAGAUACUGGGCCAUUGCAAGUCCAUUCAGGUAUGAAAGAAAAAUGACACAAAGGGUGGCUUUUAUUAUGAUAGGCGUAGCCUGGACUUUAUCUAUCCUAAUAUCAUUUAUACCUGUUCAGCUUAGCUGGCAUAAAUCCCAGGAGGUUGAUGAGGAACUUAAUGCCAUAAAUCACACAGAGAACUGUGAUUCGAGCCUGAAUCGGACAUACGCAAUAUCCUCUUCACUUAUUAGCUUCUACAUACCUGUUGUUAUCAUGAUUGGUACAUACACCAGGAUUUACAGAAUUGCUCAGACACAGAUAAGGAGAAUUUCUUCCUUAGAAAGAGCCGUGGAGCAUGCACAGAGUGGCCAUCCAGACUGUUCUAAUGAAAAUUCAUUGAAAACUUCUUUCAGGAAGGAGACUAAGGUACUAAAGACCUUAUCCAUAAUCAUGGGGGUCUUUGUUUUUUGCUGGCUUCCAUUUUUUGUUCUCAACUGUAUGAUCCCUUUUUGCCAUAUGAGUCUUCCAGGUCAAAAUGAACCAGAGCCCCCAUGUGUUAGUGAGACUACAUUUAAUAUAUUUGUGUGGUUUGGAUGGGCCAACUCAUCACUGAACCCUGUUAUUUAUGCUUUCAAUGCUGACUUCAGAAAAGCCUUUACUACUAUCCUAGGAUGCAAUAGAUUCUGCUCAAGCAACAACGUAGAGGCUGUAAAUUUCAGCAAUGAACUGGUGUCCUACCACCACGACACAACAUUUCAGAAGGAUAUCCCUGUCACUUUCAAUAACUCUCACCUCCCCAAUGUAGUGGACCAAGACCAGGAAGUCUUAGAAGGAACGUGUUUUGACAAAGUUUCAGUUCUAUCCACUUCACAUGGGACCAGAAGCCACAAGAAUUUACAUUUGCCUGCCAGCGUUCAGUUUGAAUGUGAGGCAGAAAUAACUUUGGAGACUAUUACACCAUUUACAUCUACGGGACCCCUUGAAUGUCUCCCACAGUUAGUUGCAGAUGAGGAUAGACACUAUACCACAAAACUCUACUAGACCAAGUUAACUGUUAACUCCCUACUGAAACAUUUGUUAAAAAUACAGGUAUAGGAUCCGUUAUCCAGUAACCCAUUAUCCAGAAAGUUCU